GAUUAACAUAUCGCAAUAUACAUAGAACUUUCGAAGUGAAACAAUAACCAUCAAGAUGCCGCACACCAAAACAGAUACCGCAUUCCGAUACCCCCAGAACGAAGACCAGAGCCGUCGUCUUCGCAACACCACCCAGGAUCAAAGAGCCGCUCAGAGGCAGCAAUACUCAUCGGAGUCAGCCACUGCGGCAUCCCUGGCAGCCGAUCCAACCUCUAACUGGGGUCCGGAGGAAUUCUUCGAGACCACCGUCGAUGAGUACGGUCAACCGGUCACUGACCAGUGGGCGUUCACGGAUGGUGCGAGGAUGAGUAGAGGCGUCUCUGGUCAUGAUGAGGCCGAUGCUUUUGAGGCUGCAAAUGAUAAGUUUGAUUGAAUUUAGUUUGAAUUGAGGCCGUAUGGGCAGAGUGGUGGUGAUCUAUCAGUUAUAUAAUAAUGCUUACAAUGAACAUGUAAUCUCCUUUAUCUAACAUCGUAUAAAUAUCGUCGAGAGUUU